UAUUACUAGCGGAAACACGUGAUACAUUUAACCUGUACAUAAAUUACAUCAGUCUAUGUGAAUCGGAAAAUUUAAGAAAGUGCCAUUUAGACACGUGAUUAAUUUGAAUUCCCGCGGCAAUGUGGUCUAGCAUGUACGUCAGACGCGAUUGACCAAUAACAGUAAAAUAGCGGGAUGAGAUGACCUGGUAUCUAAUGACCUUGGUUGGUAGCUAACCCUUAUUGUUCUAUGGUUGGUAGUCAUUUUGAUAUGAAAACGUCACUUCAAGGCUUUAGCGCCAAUAGUUAAAAACUUUAAAUGACCCUAACUGCGAUUGGUUAAAUCACGCUUACAAUUUCUAUUUAAGUCUGCAUUUGCGAUGCCUAGCUCAUCUUCAGAGUCUAUUGCUGAUAAAAGGUAUCAUAAGUUAAGAAGAAAAAGACGAAAAAAGCGUGUGGAAGUUAACCAGCAUUCUGUUUUAAAUGCGAAAAACACCCUGCUUCACCGUGAGAAAAAUGCUAAACUGUUCUCCAGGCCCUCCAAAAGUGCCCAGCCUGAAAAACAGCAGAAUUUGUCGGAGCAGUUGUUGCGCAAGCAGUUCGGCCCGAAGGUGACCACCAAGGGCAGGCUGACCAGGCCUGCCCACAUCACCGGCAUGUUUGCCCAAGGCAUGCAGUCGACGUACGUGGUGCGAGACACGAUGAACGAGGUCUCGAGAGCAUACCUGAAGGAGGACCUGCACCACAUCAUCGAGAUGGCGAACUCCCGCCGCACCUCCCCACGUGCAAGCUCAUCUAGGAGGCCGGCCCUCUUCCUGCAGCCGGAGUUUUUGGCAGGCCUGGACCAGAGCUGUGACGUGGAUGAGCCGUCGCCCGUGCUGUGCCCUGCGGACAGACAGCGUGUGAACCCUGUGAGGCACGUUGCUGCCCGCGGCAUUGAGGCAGCGGCCCAUGACAGCCCGGAGCCCAGGUUCUCCUCGGGACCGAGCCCCCCGUGGGACCCCAGGAAGGGGCACACAGCGGCCGUCCCAAAGCUCGGCCAGCACACAACGCUGGUGUCAGAGUCCUCCGCAGAGUCGUGCAACGAAGGCGAAAGAUCAGUGUCUCCCGCCUGCGAUGCGCAUCAGUUUAUGGCUGCAUGCAGUGAUGGUGCCGUGGCCACCCAGGAUGCGCUGGCUGCCAUCAACAUCUGUAGCGAUUGGCAGACGAAGAGGCUGCACAAGCUGCGACAGUUGUACAUGCAGAGCCGCUCGAGAGACGUAGACCAAUCAUGUAGUCUCAGAAGCCAGGGUUCCAAGCCUGAGCCAGAAAGAGCCGGACGUGCGGAGGCCAGCAGCCAGCGCAGCUCGUCCCAGCAGAGCACUGGGGUGCAGACCUCCCCAGGACUCUUCUCGCAGGCCAGCCAGCCCGCGGGGGCGAUGCCCAGCCCGGCCACCGAUAGUGACGUGAGCUCCCCGGACCUGGGCGUCGCCCCCAUCACCCCCUCCCAGGUCGUGCUGGACCCGCGGAGGGUGCUGCAGAUGAUGUCGCGCGGGAGAGGCCCGUCCCCGCAGUGCUGCCCGUCUGAGUGCUCGCACAGGAGACCCCGGAGAGUCGUCAGGACGUGUUGCCUCGACUCCAGCGGAAAUACUUGCAGCAGCAGUAGCACCUGCAGCUUGGACGGAGAAACUACGAAGAGUGGAGCACAGCAGCAGCCCUCCAAGUCUGAGGAAGAUUCGCCGCUCGUCAAGUACUAUUGCUUCAGGCUGCACUGACCAGUCGCCGCCUUGUGUCAUCGUUUUGACCCAUAUUGGAAUUUUACAUAUAACGCUGUUUUCUGUGAUAAAUAAAUACUUCCAGAAUGUUUGCUACAAA